AUGAAUGAAAGCAGUGAAAAGCUCAACAGUUCUCUCAUUCUUCCUUUCAGUAAGGACUAUGAGUUCUGUUCAAAUGGUGUUUAUUUCUAUUGUGGAAAGAUGGGUUCAGGUAAGACAUUUAACCUCAUUCGUCAUAUACUCAUAACAGAGCGUUUAGGAAACGACUCUUACUAUGACCAAAUCAUUAUAUCAGCAACUUCAGACUCUAUGGACUCAACAGCGAAAACAUUUAUGUCAAAAGUUCAAGCCUCUGUCGUUAAAGUUCCAGACAGUGAACUCAUUGAAUUUCUUCAACGUUACAUUCGACGUAAGAGGAAAUAUUAUGCCAUCGUUGAAUUUAUACAGUCAGGAAUGCAAAAGACUUCUGAGGAGAUGGAAAGAAUUAUUGACAAACACCACUUACGUCAAUACUCAGGAGUUUACGAUAUGAAACGACAGUUAGUAUACAAGUCUUGGGUAUGGUGGCACUGCGUUCCACCUUACCCAAUACUUGUGAAUUUGACACUUUACAAAACCGUUAACGUAUAUUUUACAACAUGA